AUGGAGAAUGAAGUUGAGCCUGAAACCUCAGUUGAAAAACCUAAGGAAAAACUCACGAAGGCACAAAAAAAGGAAAAAUAUCGCCAAGAUUAUCCAGAACCUAUUAAAUCUCGACGGGAGCAACUGAAGGCUGAAUUUGUGAAAACUGACGAAAAGAGACUUGAUCGAUUAGAUGAUAUCUUUUUUGGAUAUUUUGAGGAAGAUUUUGCAGCAGGAGUGAACAUUUUUGGGACGGUAGUUGAUCAUUUCAAAGCAAUGCCUGAUAAGUCCAAGCAAAAUGCAAAAAAUCUCGCUACCAUGCACUUAAAAGCGUUUCAAACGUGGCUUGAUGCGCGAGAUGACGUUGAAGAUUUAAAGAAAAAGUAUCUAACGAUUGAAAUUCAGAUUGCAGCACUUCAAAGUUGCACAGGAUCCACAUCACAUUAUUAUGAUCUACUUGCUCCAAUCUUCGACUUUUCCAGUGAUAAUCUAGAGGAAGAAAUGAAAAAAAGCAUUCAAGAGAGAAUUGCGAAAAAAGAAUUCAAAGAGGCUGCCGAAAUUGUUAUUGCGAAUAAUAUGCAAAAAUAUUUUGGAUUUCAACAGCUGAUUGUCCCAUUAAUUUUACAAGAUCGAACACAUAUCGUCAUGGAAUAUAUCAAAAAUAUACCGACACUACAAAAAGAGUAUGUGCAGUGGUACGAUCAUUUCAUCGGAAUGUCUGAGAUUGCCGUGAGUAUGGAAUUAGAAAAAUGGGAAGGUUCAAUGACGGUUAAACCAUCGAGGUUUUGUGGAAAAUCAUUGGAGAAGUACAUGAACACGAUUUUCAACAAACUCGCGAAAGAAUAUGAUUUAGACAUUACUUGUGAGAAAGAUGCGCCUAAGUACAAUGACAAAAAACUUGAAAAGGCUUUGAAGCAUUUUGUAGGAAAUCGUUAUGAUCCGGAUGCGAAACAAAUUGCCACAGAUGAUGUUUAUUUUCAACAAAUUCGAUCGACUCUCAAUCAAAGUAGUCGUUCGGUUGUUGAAGAGUUUCUAUUCUAUUUGUGGACUUCGAAUGAUAAGGAAAAACAAAUUGACGCAUUGAGCUGGAUUUUCUUAUUGAAUAUUGACCCUCAUUCGAAAGAUGUGCCAGGAAAAAUUCGCGAUUAUUUUCGAGACGGCGAUAGGAGUUUAAUCACAGAAGCUAAGGAAUUGCUACAAAUUCGAUUAUCAAAGGAAAUUCCGCUGGAUGGACAGAAAUUGUAUCUUAUUGAAGGCAAAGAUAUUACAAUUACUAUAGUUAAGAAUGACGCAGAUUUGGAAAUUCUAAAUUCGCAUUUAAAAUUUUAUCUUGAUUCUGAUGAAGACGAGCACAAAUUUGUAGGAUUUGAUACCGAAUGGAGACCAUCGCAUUUAUGUACAAGCUUAUCGGAGAAAAUAGCAAUAAUGCAACUUUAUUUUGGCAAUCAAGUCUGGAUUGUUGAUUGUGUUGAAUUAGAAAGAAACUCGAGUACUCGUGAAGAAUCGUGGAAAAAAUUUGCAAAUAGAUUGCUUAAAUCGAAAUUGCAAAUUAUUGGGUUUGAUCUACCCAAUGAUAUUGAUGCACUACUGUCUAUAAAGAUGCUUAAAAAUUACAUUUCUAUGGAAGAAAUCAAGAAUGUGUACUGUCUUAAACGAUUAACUGAAAAUAUUAACGAUAUUGAUCCAAACGUUCUGGGCCUUGAAAAACGAUUUUUCAAACUGUCAGAUCUGACCAAGAAUUUGCUAGGAAUUCAGUUGAAUAAAACAGAGCAAUGCAGUAAUUGGCAAGCGAGGCCAUUGAGAAAAGAUCAAAUCGUUUAUGCUGCGAUGGAUGCGUACGUUGUUGUGAGAGCAUUUGAAGAUAUUUUAAACAAAGCAGCCGAAAAAUUAAAAAUUAACGUUGAAGAGCAGAUACAACUUUCUAGUAUUUUUACACCGAAAAAGGAGAAAGGUUUGUCGAAGGACGUGAAAAAGUUGGACCAUUUCAAAUGGAUUGAAAUUUACGAGAUUUUGAAAGAUCAUAAGGACCCGACAAAACGACUUCAACGGCCCUAUGAAAUUAAAUGUAUUGUUGAUACGAUGCUUUUGGGAUGGGGAAAACAUUUGAGGCGCGUCGGUAUUGAUGUGAUUAUUCCGAGCGAUUGCGACGCAGCAGAUUUUUUAAAGAAGAUUCGGACCAUGAAGAAGCAAGGCGGAGAAUAUCUUCGUUAUAUUCUAACGGUGCCUUCGAAAAAUUUGCUGGCUCUCCGCGGCGAUUAUGGCCAAUUAGUCAUAGAUUUUCCUGAUGUUGUUGGAAAAUUGCCAAUUGAACAAUUGUGUUCAUUUUUUGACAAGUUUAACAUUGAUAUUCGCCCUGAUGAUGUAUUUCUUAGAUGUACGAAAUGCAAUUCAAGAUGUCUUCUGAAAUUUCCGUCACCUUAUGUUCAUUUUCUGCACCAAUACCACAUCAUUUUCCUUCAAAAUGUGUAUAGAAGCGACAUGAAAGAAUUCCCAUUAGAAUAUUGGAUUGAAAAGAUGAGAAAAGUGAACAAAAAUGAUUAUGAAGGAAUUGAGGUGAAACUGACGAGGCCUUCUGAGGAAAGUGAUUGGAUCGUAGCGACGACUUCACAGGGAUCUCUUCAUAUUACUAGAAAUAUUGUGAUUCAUAAUAAUCGCGACGAUGGUGUUCGUGUAAGAAUCUCAAAAGUGCCCGAUGACACAUUUCAGCGACCAAAUCUUGUGUUUUCAAUUUGUGGAGAUUGCGGAACUGUUUUUUAUGACGGGAAACGAAAUAAAUUGUUCAAUGAACAUUCAUUGGAUUCGAAAGUGAUUAAAGAGAAGGCGCGGAAAUUCGGAGAAGAGUAUGUGAAUGGCGACUGGAAAGACCUAGAUUUAGAUCGCAUUGAAAUUUCACCCAUAACUGGUGGUCAAUCGAACCUUCUUUUCUUGGUUUCCGCUGGUUGCGAAUUAGAAAUUCCGCAAUUCUUAAUAAGGAUUUAUUGUCAAUUAUCGUCUGACGAGGAUGUUAUGACAAACAAUCUCACCUUCGCCCUUCUCGCUGAACGUGGACUUGGUCCGAAAUUGUAUGGGUUUUUCAAAGGCGGACGUCUCGAAGAAUUUCUACAUUGUACGACAUUUAAUGAAGAUGACACGAGGAUUGCAAAGAAUUCGGAGAAAAUCGGAAAGUUGUUCCCGAGGUAUCACGAGCGCGAAUUUCCGAUUCAAAAAAGCCCGCGAGCGAUCGCGGUCAUGCGCGAUAUGAUAGAAGUUUUAAGAAUUAAAGGAUGCGAAAAACACACGAUUGUAACAGAUCAAGUCGAUUUCAAAAAUCAUCCUGAGACAUUGUCUUUGGAAAUGCUAACAUCGGAAUUAGACGAAUUUGAGAAGAUGGCGAAAAUUUUCAACGAAACCGUGGUUUUUUGUCAUAAUGAUUUAGCUCCUGCAAAUAUUCUCGAGUUUCAAAAUGGAAAUUUGAUGUUCAUUGAUUAUGAAUAUGGAUGCUAUAAUUGGAGAGGAUAUGAUGUUGGCAUGCACAUGUCAGAACUCGCAUUCGACUAUAGAGAUUCCAACGGAAACGGAUACAAAAUUGAGCAAUCGAUGUUCGUUAACAAUCAUCCAAAUUUCGAAAUUAUCGCUAGAUCCUACAUUGAGCAAUUGUACAAUAUGAAAGCUGAAAAUCCGAAACGAAUAUUUCCUAAAACUGAUGAUAAGGAAUACGAAAUCGGUAGAUUCCUCAACGAAUGCUUAUUCUUUUUUCCAUUAACAAACUUAUAUUGGGCGAUUUGGUCAUUAAGGAAUCACUACCUCAACUACGACAAUGGAAUUAAUCUGGAAAUGGCUGCGAAUGACCGUUUCGCUAUUUAUUUCUAUUUGAAGUCUCGUUCGAAACAAAUUUACAAUGAACUUUGCUAA